UUUGUGUCUUCCUGAUUUCCUGGAGCUGUCAGAGGUAAUAUCAAUGAGGAACACAAGUUCAUCCUCCGACUUUAUCCUCCUGGGGCUUUUGGUGAACAAUAAGGCAACAGGGAUUGUAUUUACAGUUAUCUUUGCUAUUUUUGUAGUGGCUGUCACUGCAAAUCUAGGCAUGAUAUUCUUGAUCCAGGUGGACUCUCGCCUCCACACCCCCAUGUACUUUCUACUUAGCCAGUUGUCCAUCAUGGAUACUCUUUUCAUUUGUACCACUGUCCCCAAACUCUUGGUAGACAUGGUUUCUAAAGAGAAAACCAUUUCCUUUGUGGCCUGUGGCAUCCAGAUAUUCCUCUACUUGACUAUGAUUGGCUCAGAGUUCUUCCUACUGGGCCUCAUGGCCUAUGACCGCUAUGUGGCUGUCUGUAACCCACUUAGGUACCCAGUCCUGAUGAAUCGCAAGGUGUGUCUGUUGCUGGCCACUGGUGCCUGGUUUGGUGGCUCCCUUGAUGGGUUUCUACUCACCCCCAUUACCAUGAAUGUCCCCUACUGUGGCUCCCGCAGUAUCAACCAUUUCUUUUGUGAGAUCCCUGCUGUUCUCAAACUGGCCUGUGCUGACACUUCCCUGUAUGAAACGCUGAUGUACAUCUGCUGUGUGCUCAUGCUGCUCAUCCCCAUCUCCAUCAUCUCCACCUCCUACUCACUCAUCCUACUGACUGUCCACCGCAUGCGCUCCGCAGAAGGCCGCAAGAAGGCCUUCACCACCUGCUCCUCCCAUUUGACAGUGGUCAGCAUUUUCUAUGGAGCUGCCUUCUACACAUACGUGCUGCCCCAGUCAUUCCACACCCCUGAACAGGACAAGGUUGUGUCUGCUUUCUAUACUAUUGUCACACCCAUGCUUAAUCCUCUGAUCUACAGCCUAAGAAACAAGGAUGUCAUGGGGGCAUUUAAAAAGAUAUUUGCCUGUUGCUCCUCUGGUCAGAAAGUAACAAGUGACACUUAGAAGUUCAAUGCUAUGAGGUUAAGGAUUACUAAGACUUCCUCCAUGU